GUUAGCAGCAAAGAUGAAGAUUUUCUUGAUCUCUCUGUUGAUGUAGAACAGAAUACAUCCAUAACUCACUGUUUAAGAGACUUCAGCAAUACCGAAACGUUGUGUAGCGAACAGAAAUACUACUGUGAGACCUGCUGCAGCAAACAGGAGGCUCAGAAACGGAUGAGAGUUAAGAAGCUGCCGAUGAUCCUCGCCUUGCACCUGAAGCGGUUCAAGUACAUGGAGCAGCUACACCGAUACACAAAGCUCUCUUACCGAGUGGUGUUCCCCCUGGAGCUGCGACUCUUCAACACAUCGGGGGAGGCCAUCAACCUGGACCGUAUGUAUGACUUGGUGGCUGUUGUCGUUCACUGUGGCAGUGGCCCUAACCGUGGACACUAUAUCACCAUUGUGAAAAGUCAUGGCUUCUGGCUAUUGUUUGAUGAUGAUAUUGUAGAGAAAAUUGAUGCACAAGCUAUUGAAGAAUUCUAUGGCCUUACUUCUGAUAUAUCAAAGAAUUCAGAAUCUGGAUAUAUUUUAUUUUACCAGUCAAGGGAAUGAUUCAGGAAGACUGUGACUUUCUCCAUACUAGAGUGGAUCCUGACCAACACUGUUAAAUGACUACUCUGUAGACCUGACCAAUACAGCCCAUGCAGGAUCAUUGCUUACUCAUUGACUAAAACUCCUAACUUAUGUCUAGAAGCUUCUCCCAUCUUAAGUCAUCAAGAAAAAGAACAAAUGUAUAGAGACUCAUGUUCAUCAGAUGAAUCCACUGAAUUGAGGUAUAAUGUGGAAUAGAUGCUUACGUCGCCACUAAGGACCAUUUCCUUCCAUUCCUUUUCAGCAGCGAUUUUUCAGACUGUUCUAUGUGGAAUUAAUUGAAUUUCUUAGAAGAUCCAUGAGUGUUUUCAGAUCACUCCAAAUGAGAGCAAUCUAUAAGGUAUCGACUAAGGGGGUCUACGACAAUUUGCUGCAGCCAGCUCGCCCCAGCCAAUUUGCCGUGGGACGAGUU